GGAGCCAGCAAGCCAGGUGUUGAAAUUGGAAUAAUUCAAAAUUCCUCUGCUCUUUCUUCUUCUUCUUUCUUCUCCUUUUUCCACUCUCUCUCCUCCAUCAUCACUUCCUUAAACCCAUCAUCUUUCUUUCUCUCUCCACCAUCACCAAACUCCUUUUUUAACUUUCUCUCUCCUCUUCCCCACCAAACAAUAGCACAGACCUCUCUUUCUUCAAAGCAAAGCAUAGAAUUUUUCCACUUACCCACAAAAAAUCCAACCAAAAACAACAAAACCCAUCUUCUAAAUUCACUGAAAAUACCAAAAUCCAUGGUAAACUCAAUGGAAAUCUUUCAAAAUCAAAUUGGGGAAAAAAUUAGUGGAGAUAUUACACAAUCGGAGCUCCGAGAAACUGCAUACGAGAUCUUAAUCGGAGCUUGUCGUAGCUCAACUGGGUCAAAGCCUUUGACUUAUAUAAGUCAAUCGGAGCGAAGUUCGUCAACGGAGAGAGAGAGAAAUUGUGCGUCAUCGUUGACUACUUCUCCGUCUUUGCAGAGGUCGCUGACGUCAGCGGCGGCGAGUAAAGUGAAGAAGGCGCUUGGUAUAAGUAGUAGAAAUAGAGGAGAGAGAAAAUCGGGAGGAACAGUUGGAGAGAUGAUUAGGGUUCAAAUGAAAGUUUCUGAACAAACUGAUUCUAGGGUUCGUCGUGCUUUCCUUAGAAUUGCUGCGGGUCAGCUAGGAAGACGGCUAGAGUCAGUUGUUUUCCCGUUGGAGCUAUUGCAGCAGUUGAAACAAUCAGAUUUUCCAAACCAGCAAGAGUUUGAGGCGUUUCAGAAGAAAAGCUUAAAGAUACUUGAAGCUGGGCUCCUCCUCUACCCUCACGUGCCCUUGGAUAAGUCAGACACUGCUGCCCAGCGGCUGAAGCAGAUAAUUCGAGGAGCCUCUGAGAAGCCUCUGGAAACGGGGAAGAAUAGCGAGUUUAUGCAGUUACUUCGGACUGUUGUAAUGACUCUUGCUUGCAGAUCUUUUGAUGAUCAGGCUUCAAAUAUGUGCCAUUGGGCAGAUGGAUUCCCAUUGAAUCUUCACAUAUAUCAGAUGCUUCUAGAAGCUUGUUUCGAUGUAGAUGAUGAAACUUCUAUUAUUGAAGAAGUCGAUGAGGUUUUAGAACUUAUUAAGAAGACUUGGGUGAUUCUUGGCAUGAAUCAAGAGCUGCAUAACCUUUGCUUUUUGUGGAUUCUGUUUCAUCGGUAUGUGGAGACUGGUGAAAUUGAAGAGGAACUCUUGUUUGCAGCUAGCAAUCUUUUAAUACAAGUUGAAAAUGAUGCCAAGACUAUGAAAGAUCUUGACUAUUCCAAGGUUUUGAGUUCUUUACUAAGUGCAAUCUUGGGUUGGGCAGAAAAACAGUUGCUGACAUAUCAUGAUACUUUUAGAAGUGGUAGUCUCGAGUUAAUGCAAAGUGUUGCUACUUUAGCGGUAACCUCAGCCAAGAUAUUAGUGGAAGACAUCUCUCAGGAGUACCGCAAGAAGAGAAAAGAAGUUAAUGUAGCUCGUGACAGGGUUGAAACCUACAUCAGAUCUUCUAUUCGGACUGCUUUUGCUCAGAAAAUGGAGAAGAUCAACUUGAGCAAGCAGUCCUCUAAGAACCAGAAAAAUCCAAUACCUGUCCUUUCACUCCUUGCACAAGAAGUUACUGAACUGGCGCUUAAUGAGAAGGAGAUGUACAGCCCUAUAUUUAAAAGAUGGAACCCUCUUUCGGCAGGUGUUGCUGUUGCAACUCUUCAUAGUUGUUUUGCCAAUGAACUGAAGCAGUUUGUUGCUCGCAUCAAUGAGUUGACACCAGAUGCUGUGCAAGUAUUAUUAGCUGCUGAUAGGUUAGAAAAGCAACUUGUACAAGUUGCAGUGGAAGAUGCUGUUGAUAGUGAUGACGGUGGCAAGUCAAUAAUCAAGGAAAUGCCUCCCUACGACACAGAAACUGUUAUAGGGACACUAGUGAAAUCAUGGAUAAGGACUAGAGUUGAGCGGGUGAAAGAGUGGGUUGACAAUUACCUUAAACAAGAGGUGUGGAAUGUGCAAGCAAAUAAGGAGCGAGUUUCCCCCUCUGUUAUUGAAGUUCUGCGUAUUGUGGAUGAAACUUUAGAAGCAUUCUUCCUGUUACCAAUACCUAUGCAGCCUGUCUUGGUCAACGAUUUGACUAUCAGUCUGGACAGAUGCCUACAGCAUUACAUCCUGAAGGCAAAAUCUGGUUGUGGAUUUCCAAAAAACUACAUACCUAGCUUGCCUGGUUUAACCAGGUGUUCAGCUGGUUCUAAGUUCUUCAAAAAGAAGGAAAAGUCCCAUAUACCCGUGAGAAGAAGAUCGCAGGUUGGAAGCACAAAUGUGGAUGACCUUUUUGGGGUAUCACAGUUAUGUGUCCGUAUUAACUCAAUGCAGCGAAUCCGCUCUGGAGUUGAUGCUUUGGAGAAAAAGACCAUUACUUAUCUGAAAAGUUCAGGAUCCACAGAAAUUGACUAUAAAGGGUUGGGAACUAAGUUUGAACUCUCCAUCUCUGCUUCUUUUGAAGCGAUCCACCAACUUUGUGAAAUAGCCAGCUACAAGAUCGUAUUUCAUGAGCUGAGUCAUGUUUUAUGGGACGGUUUAUAUGUGGGUGAAGUUUCAUCUUCUAGAAUCGAGCCGUUCCUUCAGGAGCUCGAGCAUUACUUAGAAACUAUCGCGACAACUGUCCAUGAUAGAGUCCGAACCCGUCUGAUCACCGAGGUCAUGAAAGCUUCAUUCGAAGGGUUUUUGUUAAUUUUGCUUGCUGGAGGCCCUUCUCGUGCUUUUACUCCACAAGAUUCUGUCAUUAUCGAAGAGGAUUUUAAGUUCCUCCAUGACUUGUUUUGGUCUAACGGUGAUGGUUUGCCUUCUGAAGUGAUAGACAGGUUCGCAACAACUGUAAAAACAAUUCUUCCUCUUCUUCGUAUGGACACGGAGAGCUUGAUUGAGCAAUUCAAGGAAGCGAUUGUGGAGAGCUAUGGCCCUUCUGCCAAAUCCAGGCUACCUCUGCCUCCAACUACAGGUGAAUGGGACGCGAUUGAGCCAAAUACACUUCUAAGAAUACUCUGUCACCGAGAUGAUGAAGUGGCAGCAAAGUUUCUCAAGAGAACUUAUGGUCUUCCCACAAAAUUGACUUAGAAUGUCUUGAUGGUUUCUUGAAAUUGGGUUAUGACUUGUGUACAUACAUAUCUAACUGUAUUUCUAUGAGUGGAGGCUACAUCAAGCGAGUGAGUCUGCAAUUUUCUUCUGAAAUUCCAGUAAGCUAUUGAAGGGUAAACACACAGUUGAUAUAAUUUUGCGCUAAUAAUGUUUGUUAAUUAUUUGUAUUAUUUAUCUACACAUGUAAAUAAUCAUAGUGGUUUAGAAUAAUAGUUGGUUUUCAUAUGUAUUUUUCAACAGUCAAUUGUUUGUCUAGUGGUAACUGGUAUAUCAAUUUUUGAGCAGUCAUCAAUUUUUU